GCCGCUUCCGUCGCGCCACAAUGGCGAGCUCUGGGCGGCGGGCGGCUCGGCGGUAGCGGGCGGUCGGAAUCAAUGAAUUGAACAGCAAUAACCAUGGGAGAUGCUGCAAAACCUUGCUUUGCCAAACAAAAUAAGGAACAAGAAAUUUUGCAUCCAGAAGAAUUAAAAGAAAGUCUCUUACAGAUAGACUACCAAGUUAUGGAUGAAUAUGGAAGUGGCUGUAGCAAUAAAAUAGAUAGCAGCCUGCAAAAGAAAAAGGGAACUCCAGGUCGUUAUGGAAGCAGUCCCAGGCGAGGGCCACGAAGUCUUUUGAGUAGCCCAAAUUCACUUAAAAACACAGCUUACUGUCAAGGGUCAAAGUUAAAUGAUAUCCAAAGAGACCACAUGAAGAAGUGGGUAUCUGAUGAUCACCAUGGUACUUCUGACACCUGGAGAGAGUACCGUUCUGCUGCCUGGAUUCCUGGGCAUGGCAGGACAAGAAAGGACUCUUUUCACGAGGUUGAAGGUUCUGGACACAGAAAUGUAAGACGACAACUGCAGGAAGAUUUAAUGAGCAAAGACGUGCCAGACAUGCAGAAAGGAAAUUCUGAAAUGAAGAAGCUUAGAAAACCAAGAAGACUGAGAAGAACUAGAAAAAAUGAGUGCGAUCAUGAUGAAGUGGAAGAUCAAGUCAUAGAUGAAUCUGUGCUGUCAGCAAAAGAACUUCUGGGACUGCAGCAAGCUGAAGAACGCUUGAAACGAGACUACAUUUAUAGACUGAAGAAGCAACCUCGAAGCUACCCAUCAGCAAAAUAUACCUGCAAGUUGUGUGAUGUUCUGAUUGAGUCAGUGGCUUUUGCUCAUAAGCAUAUUAAAGAAAAAAGACACAAGAAAAGCUUGAAGGAAAAGCAAGAAGAAGAACUGCUGACUGCUCUUCCUCCUCCGACACCUUCCCAGAUACAAGCUAUCGGUGUUGCUAUUGAAAAUGUUGUGCAGGAGUUUGGCUUAAGUAAUGAAGAUCUAAAAGAAAGGCUUAACAUUAAAACAAUGAUGGAAAACUUGCUGCGUCAAAAAUUGCCAGAGUGUUCAUUAAGAUUGUAUGGCUCCUCCUAUAGCAGAUUUGGCUUCAAAACUUCAGACUUAAACAUAGAUACCCAGUUUCCUGCCAAUAUGACUCAACCAGAUGUUCUCUUACUUGUGCAAGAAAGUCUCCAGAACAGUGAAUCUUUUACGGAAGUUGAUGCAGAUUUCCAUGCUAGAGUACCAGUGGUGGUGUGCAGAGAAAAGCAAAGUGGCCUUAUUUGUAAAGUGAGUGCAGGGAAUGAGAAUGCUUGUCUGACAACAAACCAUUUGGCUACACUUGGAAAGUUGGAACCUACUAUCAUACCUUUAGUGAUUGCCUUCAGGUACUGGGCAAAGUUAUGCUGUGUUGAUCGUCCUGAAGAGGGAGGCUUGUCACCUUAUGUGUUCGCUUUAAUGGUUAUUUUCUUUCUACAACAGAGGAAAGAGCCCUUUCUGCCAGUCUAUUUGGGAUCAUGGAUUGGAGGAUUCUCACUAAACAAAUUAACUAAUUUUCAUCUGAGAGAAGUCAAGAAUGAUGCUGUGGUUUGGGAGCAUAACCCCACUGAUGAAUCUGAUUUGCCACAAGAAACUUCCCCUAGAAGGGGCAAGGUUCCCUUAGUGUUUGAUGUAGGUCAGCAGUGUUCAGCACCUGUUGGUCAGCUGUGGCUUGAACUGCUUCGUUUCUAUGCUUUGGAGUUCAAUAUGGCUGAUUUGGUUAUUAGCAUUCGACUCAAGGAACCAGUGUCUCGUGAAUUAAAGGACUGGCCUAAAAAGCGCAUUGCUGUGGAAGACCCAUAUUCAGUCAAAAGGAAUGUGGCAAGAACUUUGAACAGCCAACUAGUGUAUGCUUAUGUUCUUCACUGUCUGAGAGCAACUUACAAGUAUUUUGCCUUGCCUCACAAAAAAAGUGCAAAAUGGAGCAAAAUACCCUCUUCAAAUGCAGAUGAAGAGAAAUCUCAAAUGCUGGACUAUGGAAAAGAUGCUAUAAAGCAUGAAGAUUCUGACUUGCAAAACUUGGUUGGUAGAACAAACACAGUCAUAAUAGAAGAUAGCCUAACAGAGGAUACACCUAUUCCCAGGGAACAUAAAAUUGGUCCUUCAAAACUGUGUGAUGGCUCAGAAAGUUUCACAGAAGAAGAAUUGGCUGAUGAUAUAAGUCAUCUGGGAAUUACCCAUGAAGACUCAGACUGCAUAAUUGAGGAAGUUAUUUCUGGAGAUAAUGAGGAUUUUAAGCCUAGUUGUGAAGAGACAGAGAGUGAAAAUGAAGAUGAAGAGGAGGAAGAGGAAGAACAUGAACAACAAAAAAGACAAUGGCAUACUAUUUUGGCUGCUGAGCAGAGAAUUGAUGAAGACAGUGACAGUGGAGAACUCCCUGUUAUGUUGAAUGAGCAUGAAGUAGAGACAUGUAGGAUUUCAGACUUACAAGGUUUUCAACACACUGCACUUACAGAGAGUGAUGAAUUUGGCUUGGAGUGCAGUGGUAUAACAGAUGAUAAGAUCGACAUUGAUGAGUAUAGUAGCACUGAAGGUACUGAUGAGUUGGAUGAAUCCCCACAAAAAUUCCUAUGUUCAGCACAGGGUCAGAUAUCCCAAAUGAUUAACUCAGAUGAUGCAGAGGAAGAAGAGGAAGCACAAACUCUUCUAAACCAGAGAGAAUGCAGUGCUACCAUUAGAGCUGGAGCUGAACUAGAUAACACAUAUACUGGAUCUGGAGAUGAUGAUGCAGUGUCAGAGGAAGAAGAUGAUUUUUCCAUCCCCAGUAACUAUGAAAAAAAACAAUUCAAAGAAAGUGUAGGUGCACAUCUGAGGAACAAUUUGAGUCAAGAAUAUCAUACUGAGAAGGGAAGCCAUUCUGAAGAGACCACAGCAGUAGAGCAGUGCUUAGAAUCUGAACUUUUUUAUGAAUUCAGUAAACAAGCAUUUACAAAGGGCAAGUCUCCUACAGUAGUAUGUAGCUUGUGCAAACGGGAAGGUCAUUUAAAGAAUGAUUGUCCAGAAGACUUCAAGAAAAUUGAGCUUGACCCACUGCCACCACUGCCACCCAAGUUUUCAGUUAUUCUAAAUCAAGUUUGUGUCCAGUGUUACCGUGAUUUUGCUCCAAAUAUAGUAGAAGAUCAUGCUCGAGAGUAUAUAAGACAAAGCUUGGAAAUGUUCAUUAGACAACAUUUCCCAGGAACCAAGCUGGAUUUGUUUGGCUCCUCAAAAAAUGGCUUUGGCUUCAAACAAAGUGAUCUUGAUAUCUGUAUGACAAUAGAUGGUCUGGAAACUGCUGAGGGACUCGAUUGCAUCAGAAUCAUUGAAGAUUUAGCAAAAGUUCUCAAGAAACAGUCAGGUUUAAGAAAUGUCUUGCCUAUAACAACUGCUAAAGUCCCAAUUGUCAAAUUUUUCCAUGUCAGAAGUGGUCUUGAAGUAGACAUCAGUUUAUAUAAUACUCUGGCCUUGCAUAAUACCAGACUUCUGUCAUCAUACGCAGCUAUUGAUCCUAGAGUAAAAUACCUGUGUUACACAAUGAAAGUCUUUACAAAGAUAUGUGACAUUGGAGAUGCAUCUCGAGGUAGCCUGUCAUCUUACGCAUAUACUCUUAUGGUGCUUUAUUUCCUUCAACAGAGAAAUCCACCAGUCAUCCCUGUUCUUCAAGAGAUCUACAAAGAACCAAAAAAGCCUGAAAUUUUGGUUGAUGGCUGGAAUGUAUAUUUCUUUGAUAAGCUAGAGGAGUUGUCUGUUGUUUGGCCAGACUAUGGGAAAAACACUGAAUCUGCUGGGCAACUGUGGCUGGGACUUCUCCGAUUCUACACAGAAGAAUUUGAUUUCAAAGAGCAUGUCAUCUGCAUCAGGAGAAAAAAUCUGCUUACAACUUUCAAGAAGCAGUGGACCUCCAAAUAUAUUGUAAUUGAAGAUCCCUUUGAUUUGAACCACAAUCUUGGAGCUGGAUUGUCAAGAAAAAUGACAAAUUUUAUAAUGAAGGCUUUUAUCAAUGGCAGAAGGGUAUUUGGUACCCCUAUAAAAAUAUUUCCUAAAGAAUACCCGUCAAAAAUGGAUUACUUUUUUGAUCCUGAGGUUCUAACAGAAGGAGAAUUGGCACCAAAUGAUAGAUGCUGCAGAACUUGUGGUAAAAUUGGCCAUUUCAUGAAAGAUUGUCCCAUGAGAAGCAACACUUUCUGCUCCUGCAGACUAAGACGGUGUCGUGAUUAUGAAGGUACACAAAGGUAUGGAGAAAUCAAGGAGAAAAAAAGCAAAGAGGACAAAGAAAUGCAGAAUAAACCAACAGAAAAGGAGAACUUAAUCAAGGAGGGAAAGUUGCACCUAUGUACACCUCAGAAGAGAAAACUAGCAAGGGUAAUAGUGGAAACUGGGAGAGAGAAGACUCCCAGGCAAUCAGCAGAGAAAUGGAAGCGCCCGGAAGACAGAGACAUAAGAGAAAAACGUUGUUUUAUCUGUGGAAGAGAGGGUCAUAUUAAAAAGGAAUGCCCACAAUAUAAAGGAGUUGCAGAUGGCUCAAAGUCAGAAGUGUUGUGCGGGUCCCCUUCUUUCCCCACUGCUGUCAAACAUGCUGGUAGAUUAAAUCAGGGAGUGCUUAUGCAUGAAGAAAAAAAGAAACAAAAAGGAAAAGUAUUUUUGAGUCCCCAGUCAGGUUUGUAUAUCUUCAUUUCAAUUCAGAACCUAUGUGUAAAGGCCUGGCCAGCAGGGUUGGGAGGGGAUUCUGCCGCUCUGCUCUGCUGAGAGCCCACCUGGAACCUGCAUCCAGCUCUGGGCUCCCAGCACAGGAAGGACAUGGAACUGUUGGAGCCAGUUCAGAAGAGAGUCACCAAGAUGAUUAGAGGGAUGGAGCACUUCUGUGAAGAGGCUGAGAGGGUUGGGGUUGUUCAGCCUAGGGAAAAGAAGGCUUCAAGGAAAGGCUAUUGUGGCCUUUCAGUUAUAAAAAGGGGCCUUUAAGAAAGGUGGGAAGAAACUUUUUAGCGGGGGAUAGUAAGGGGUAAUGUUUUAAAACAGAAAGAGGGUCAAUUUACAUUAGUCUAAAGACAAAAGUUUUUUACAACAAGGAUGGUGAAACACAGGCACAGAUUGCUCAGAGAGGUGGUGAAUGCUUCACCCCUGAAAACAUCCAAGGUCAGGUUGCAUGGGGCUCUGAGCAACUUGAUGUAGUUGAAGACAGCCCUGCCCACAGUGGGAGAGUUGGACUAAAUGACCUUGAACCCAAAUCAUUCUGUAAUUGUAUGGUUCUUCAUCAGUCGUCAUAGAAACUCGAGCUAAUUUGCUGAACACAGUGACAGCUUGAACAGGCUGAAGCCACCUAAUUUUUUAAUCUGGAGAAGUGUACAAAUUUUGAGUUUUGUAUUUGAAGCAAAACUUGGGCAUAACAAUUCUGUGCCUUUAUAUCACUGACUCUGGUGGAUUUAGUUUGCAGCAGAGUAUGGUGGAGUUGUAUCAAUCUCUCCUGUUUCAGCUUACAUGGGGUAGAUUUUCUGAUUUUUCAGAGACAAAACUUGGAAUGCUUUCCUGUGAGGAUUUCUUGCAGUAAUUGUCUAGAAUUAUACAUGAUAAACUAACUUAGAGAUUAUCAAACCACAUCCUUGGUUGCUAAAAUGCAAACAAGUUAAAAAUUACAUUUAGAAGUAGCAGUGAGAUUGUAUUAUAAAGGUCUUUAUGUACUCCUUCUGAAUCAGAAAUGUUUUGCUUUAAAUGCGUGAUUAACAAUGUAGCUUCCUCACUGCAAUUUCACAUACUUAUUAGCAAGUACAAUGAAGAUUUUAAGAACGGCUGCUUUUGUUUUAAUUACAAUUUCUAGUACAACUCUGCAAACCUUCAGCACCAUGCAUAUGUAUUAUAUACACUAAUCUCUCUGCAGCUGGAGGGGGACCUAAUUAGUUUUCUGAAGUUUGUGAAGACUUGACUGCAAUUAAGUAUCUCAAAUUAAAUUAUCAGUUUUGUUGGGAAGACACAUUUUUUUGUCUUUGCUGGAAGGUGUUUUCAAAUUUAGUUUGGGGAUUUUGUAACCCAAAGUGGUUUGUCAUUAGGUGUUUAGUUCAAGAAAAUGCUAGUUAUCAAUUUUGUAUCUGAUUGUUUCCUACUGCCCUUUAUCAGGUAAGAAUCUUAAGAUGAACUGUGUUUCCUUUCAUUGUAGUUUGACUUGACAGUAAUUUUCUCCGGUCUUUUUGUUUCAGUUCAUUUAUGUCUUUCUGGGUUUUUUGUGGGGUUUUUUGUUUGGUUGGUUGGUUGGUUGGUUGGUUUUUUGUUUGUUUGUUUG